AUGGCUAGAUGUGUGGCCCUCUUUGGGAUUGUGUUGCUAAUGCUUAUAGCAAUGGCAGAGGCAACUCCCCCUGGAAUAGCUGACCAUCCAAGCCAUUCUCAUUGCUCAGAUGAUGAAAUCAAGCAAUGUAAAAAUCUUCCACAUGUUUGUCCCAAAUUUUGUCCCAAUGGCUGCAUAACUGAGUGUCGUUCUUGCAAGCCUAUCUGUGUUGAUGGCUCAGUGCCACCACCCUAUUAUCCAUCGCCGUCAUCUCCACCUCCACCGUCAUCUCCACCACCGUCAUCUCCACCACCAUCAUCUCCACCACCACCCUCAUCUCCACCAUCACCGUCAUCUCCCCCACCUUCAUCUCCACCACCACC